GGGCGGGUCUUCUCCUGCUUGGGGAAGGGGACCGUGAAGCGUUGUCAGCUGAUGGAGCCGCAGCGAGGUGACAGACACAGAGCGGAUAGAAGAAUAUCAAUGAUAAUAUUGUGAGGAGAAGCUCACCCUGUUCUCCCAAUGGAAGAAUCUAAAGGAAACCUGGCGUUCAAAGGUGUCGCUGAGAGACUGACGCUCGGCAUCACAAGAAUACUCGAAAACAUGCCUGGUGUCGUCGACGUGCGGUUCGCAGAGAGGGAGCCUGCAGAGAAGAGGAGCCUGUUGUCAUGGGAACAGAAAAACACGUGUAUUUUGCCAGAAGACCUGCGAGAUUUCUAUCUGACAACCGAUGGAUUCACUCUGACCUGGAGUGUAAAACUAGACAAUGAGUGUGUUCCCUUAGGAUGCAUGAUGGUCAACAGCGUGGCCAGGCUGUGCCCACUCCUCCAACCCGUGUCCCUAUUCUCUCUUCCCAACGCCCCCUCCCUGGCAGACCUGGACUGGGAGGAAAACGACACUAAACCUGGGUCGGAGCGAGCGCCUGCUGUGCCCCAUUUUGAUUCCCGGAGCCGCAUCUUUGAGCUGGAUUCCUGUGGUGGGAAUGGCAAAGUGUGCUUGGUCUACAAAAACUGCACAGCAGGUGUAGUAGCCCAGCAGAGUGAAAUCUGGUUCCUCGAUUGCUCACUGUGUUGGCAUUUUCUGACAGCAACUUUCACCUCUUACUACCGACUGAUGAUAACCCACCUGGGCCUGCCUGAGUGGCAGUAUACCUUCACUCCAUAUGGCCCCAGCCCCCAGGCCAAGAUGACCAGGCAAGUGACACCCUAUCUAUGUGCUGUUCCCUAUGCAGCAGUGGGCAUCACUGUACCAGCCGCUGACCUUCAGCAUUGAGCACAGCGUGGCUGAUGCUGCAGGAGAUUCUCAUCUUAACAAACUGGAUCCAACCAAGGCCUUCAAAGGGAAAGCAAAGGCGCCCGCACCCAAGAAAAAACCACCAUCACAGUGCAGCUUAGGCAACGCUGCCAAGAGCCAAGGGAGCACAGGGAGACAAAGUGGGGCAAAGCGGUGAGAUGGUUCCCUAUCAAGGAAAAUGUUGUAAUCAUGUGGGCAUCAUCACCAUGCCUUAAAAAAAUUAAUCUUGGACUGCAGAACGUCGGGACAGACAACCAGGGUUUUCCUGCCUCUACACAUGGCUGAAGUGGUAACAGCUGUUGGAGGCAGUGCAGCAUGUAAACAGUUAUUCUAACCUUAUCUAUGUGUAGGUGGUUUUUACAUUUAAAUCACAAUAAUUCCAUUUUUUUUCUUUUUACCUUUCACUGAUAUUAUGAUAGAGAUGGAGAAAUUAUGCUUUAUGAUACAACCAAAGUGCUUCAGCAACAGAUUCAUUAUCUGCACCCUCAUUUAACUCAGUGCUCACUGGGGACACCUGCUGGUAAAAACAACUCAAAUCAGCCAAGUCAAGAGGUAUGAUCAUGUGCUGCUGGCAUAGUAAUACUGACACGUAGCAACAUUAUGUACCAUUACUAUAACUACAAAAGGACUCAUUAAUACUCAAUAAGGGCACUACAUUACUUUAUAACGGUCAGCAUUAUCCCUAGAUUUGGUUUGCUGUUGUAAAUAUUUCAAUUUGAAUGUAAUAUACAGCAAUAACACAUAUAUAUAUAAUAUAUAAAUUUAUGAAAGAAGUUUGAAAAGAAUUGUUCAAUAAAAUAUCUGUGACUGUGAAAUUGAAAGAGCAAGACUGAAAAUAAUACUGUUCAGUUGGUCAUGCGAAUCACUGCAAUUAAUACAACCCACAAUUCAGAGCGUCUGGUGACUAAAACGUUUCACAAUAAGUGUGUGUAUGCAAAGACUGGUAACAAACCAUUGAACAAAACAUCAGGCAUCUUGGAUCCACUGUAUUUCUGCAGUGCUUCACUCAUACUGUGUUAUAAUCAUGUAAACUUAAAAUUUUAAAACAUGUUUGAGUCAAGGCCUGUCGAUAUUAACAUGAAUUAAUGACAUCUGCUCUAGUAAAAAAUGUUAUUUCAUUUAUUAGAGCAGAUCAAGUUUGGGGGUUAGAUGAAACCCACUAACUCAAUUAUACACACAUUUUGCCUUGAGGCUGCUGAGUGCUGGAUUGUUGCACAGAAAAACUUAUGUUAUGUUUGAAGCUACCAUUCCUAUUUUAUUUUCAGAAAAAUACAUGUUUAUUUUAUGUGCAAUGUAUUGGGGCUGUGUGUUUUUCUUCACAUACACUGUAAUUUCCAAGCUCAUGCAAGUGGUCUCCUGCUGAUUGCUGUAAUGGAUGAUACCAAGGUUACAUAUGCUGCUAUAGCCUCAAUAAUAUACACGUUUUCAACCUAUUUUUGAUUAGGCACCAUAAAUAGCAUGGUUAGGAACAAACCAUAGUUGAUGUCAGUGUCAUGGUUCACAUUGUCAUAUAGUGUGUUCUAUGUACCACUGUAGAUGGUUAUGGUAAAUGUAAUCUCAUAAAACACACUAAUUUUAAAAUUGUUUGAUAGAUUCAAAAUAAAUUUGUGCCAUCUUUUGUCGAAGUA